AACUAAACUUCAUCAUAAGAACAAAGUAAAUUAACAGUUCGAAACUUUCCUGUAGACUAACAGUCAAAUAUUUAACACCGCUUUGAUCCAUUAUUAAUUGUACAAAUGAGUGAGCGAUGCAACAAGUCCACCCGCCCGCCCGUCAGUACCGCCGCGAUCAUGGCAUCGGACGGACGCACGAAGCGCUCGCAGUCGAUAUGCGCGCCGGCCUCCGCUAGCAUGGAGGCCCUCGUGGCCCCAAUGGAGACCACACCCGCGCCGCGCCGCCGCCCCGCGGCCCGCUCCCAAUCCGCCAGAAUAACCGGCGGCCGAAGUGUCAGACAGCGGCGACAGCAACAGCAACAGCAGCUGGAUAGAGAGACCAGAGCGCGCUACAGCUCCGAACCACGACUAGCAGAAGCAGAAACACCCCCUCAAGUGAGAAGGCAAGCGUCCGCAAGACGUCGACCGCCGCCCGGACAUAACACCCAACCGCGCCGCUCCAAUGCCUUCCUGGAUGUCCCGAAACCACAUCAACCAGAACAGGAGGAACCCGACGAGGACUCCUACAGACUCCGCACGUUCAACAUCACGCAGAAAGGAGGAAUCGUCAACCGCGGCGACUCAUUCCGACGCCGUCGCUCCCGCUCCGGUUCGCUAGCGCCGUCGCCUGCGCAGCCCGAGCCCAGCGAACGACGUGUGGUCGCCCUACACAGGGUCGCCAUGGUCGGUGCGCCUGGCGUGGGGAAGACUGCCUUGAUCAGCCAGUUCCAGACUAGCGAGUGUAUUAACGCGUAUGACAGACAGAGAGAUCCUGAUGCGGAACAGAAAGUAUCCAUUAUGCUAAACGGGGAGGAAUCAGAAUUAUACUUCGUCAACUGUACUACUACUAAGGAGGAGAUUGACCGAUCGGAGCCUCCAGACGCAUUCGUGGUGAUAUACAGCGUGGUCGACAAGGCAUCCUUCCAGAAGGCUGAGCAGGAGUUGGCCAGGCUACUGGACUGCGACAUGCUGAGGUCACGGCCAGCUGUGCUGGUUGGGAACAAGAUAGACCUGGCACGGAGUCGGGCUGUCUCAACACAAGAUGGCAAAUGCCUAGCCUGCACAUACAAAGCGAAGUUCGUCGAAGUCUCCGUCGGGAUCAAUCACAAUGUGGACGAACUUCUCGUCGGUAUCCUCAACCAGAUCAGACUAAAGAAACAACAGUAUUCAGCCGAAGGUGGAAGGGAGUCGUCCCCAGCCCAUUGGUACAAAUCCCGAGGCGUAGUACGAGCAAGCAUGAAGGCACGACAAAUGCUCACCUGGAUAUUCGGGAAGGAGGAUUCGAAAUUCAAAAACUGUGAGAAUCUAAACGUCCUGUGAGUAGAGAACGACGGACCUGUGUUCGUCUAAUGGAAUUUGGACUUUGUAACAAGUGUGAUUAGGUGUAAAUUUGCAUUGUGUUCGUUUUAAGUGUUAUAUUCGAUUUUACUUUUAAGUUUUGACGCGGAGACGUUUCAGCCAGUGAGUGAUUUAAGCGGGUGAUAAACGA